CACUGUUGGUGGGACGAUCAUUCAUAUUCACCGAGUCGAUUCAUUUGACCAACAUUACAGGAUGGCAGUGAAAGAAUAUCUGCAAAAUUAUUGAUACUGUAGUAGUUCCUAUAGACCAAACCCUAUUUGAUCAAGCGACCAAAAGCUUCUGUAUGCCUCGCUUUCUAUCGUGAUAAGCCAUUCUGUAUGAGUAUGGUGAUGUGGUCGUUCAUGAAGGCAAAUGUACCUAUAGCAAGAGUUGUAAGACAAAGACUCAACCUGGAACGGAGUACGUAUUCAAGCAUUAUUACCCUGUGAAUAGUAGGGCCCAAAGUGCCAACAUCUUUACGUGUGAAUUACGAGGAUAGUCUAACCCAGGGUCGGAACAAUCCUGGCGCUAAGUCAUAGAACAAUGAAUGCAGAGUACAGCAAAUUACUUUUUUUAGACAUAGUACAGACAGUCCUGCCGGAGCAGGGUUAACGCUAUCGAGUUCCUGAAGAGCGUCGCCUUGCCGGGGGUGCAGAUACUUCCUGUGGAUGCGGAUGAACAGCUCGAGCAACCCGGCUCAUCAUUGACGACUCGAUGCCGGAAACGAACCGAGCCAUAUAGUCUUGUGACGUCAUCCGAGGCAAAUCAGUCGAUGACCACGGUUGCAGUGCCAGCGCGGUAAAGUUGCUACUGCUACUAGUAGAGCCCACACAUCCCGGGUCCUCGAAACUUUUGGUGAGCUUCCGCCUUCGGGGCCGCCGCAAUGCUAGAUGCAGCUGCUAGCACUGCGACGGCUCUGCAGAUCGAAUACCGACUGAUCAUGGAGGCAAUCUAGUAUAGUUUCUAUUUCGGGAUUCGACCGAGAACCUGAAUACCAAGUGCGUAUCAUCAGCUUCGACUUCUAACAAGAGCGCAGGUGGAGCACUCGAACGUUCUCGUGCAGAACAAACAAGCGACUUGCCUUCCUCGGGGUGGAUUGACACCGAACACCCUUCGUCUCGAGGAGGGCAACUACGAGGAUUGACCCGAACAUCUGCAAAUACGAGUACUGCUGCGGGGAUUUAUUUUUACCAACUGACGACCUUCACCGCGUCGAUUUUUCGCUGGACAUGGCCGAGGUGCGACGUAGCAGAACACGCAAUUCAACUACGGGCGGUUUUUUCAGCAAUAAUAAAGUAGCUGCGUCUUUCUCAUCGACACGAUCCUACCGGUCAAAGGGCCGCCCUUUCAAAGAAUCAGUAGCGUCUUCAGGGAUUCAGUUGUCCAGCGGCAGCUGCUUGGGUGUGAUGGCAGUGGAGGCGCCUACGGCUCAGGCUCACGCGAUUUCCACUUUCAGUUCUCGCACAGAGGACUGUUAGAUAUUGUAAAGCAGAAUUGCAGCCGCGCCAGCGCAUCUGUCUGCCUAGCUCCAGCACUCUCCUUGAGGUCGUCAGGGCUUUGGAAAACCACUUGCCGCACUUGCUCGACCGGUCAGUGCCCGUUGCGAGCGAGAAUGUGGAGAUAUCCAAGAAAAAAGCUGUGGUAAGAGAUUCGGCAUUUCUUUGCAGAAGAUGCGCAAUACUUCUAGGUAUUCUUCUAUGUUGACCUACUAUACUUGUUUUCAGGCGAGAAAGAAAGCGACCAUAAGAACAGCAAAGCUCUCUGAUUAUUGUUUACACGACGACGUACCAGCUGCGGUAGCGUUUUUGUAUACAUUUGUAUGCUUUUAAGUAUGCAUGGACCUCCCCGAUUGUUGAAGUUGAGCGUUCCUGUACUGCUCCCAUUGGCGGUGUUGCGUCUUUCGAGAUGCCUGGCUCUCAACAAUGCACCGCAGUGCAGGCAGGUAUUUAGGUUCAGGAAAUUGAGGGAGGUCGUGGGCAGUUUCUGGUUCGCCUUGGCAGGAGCUAAUGCAGUGCCGCAAACGGUUGCGCUGCCUGUGCACCUGCAAUCUAGUUGUUUUGUAUACGAACUCGUCGCACAGCGCAGUUUUUUUCUUUGAUCGGCGGAACAAGAGAGCCGAAAACGGGGCGCGUGGCCAGCAACGGCGGCUCGCCGUAUGGAGAGGGGGAUCGACCGUGCUGCUUCGGGGGUGCUCCAGGGUUUUGGUUUGGUGGUUUCACGCAACCACCCACAGAGAUCGAGGUGGAGACCAGUUUCGGCUUUCUGGGGAAACAUCGCGAAACGUUCUAUUUCCCUACGCCGCCGCUUCCUCACAAGCUAGCACGCCGGGCAGCGCACCACCGUCGUCUUCUCACCAGCUCCACCGUGUAAGCCAUCAGUUUAUCGGCUUUCCAUCUUCCUCCGACGAGGCAGCGGGAACCGGCGAAGCGUGUGGAGGUGGAGGCCCCCCCGGCGGCUAUGAUGACCAUGAGGUGGAUCGAGAAAUGGCGGGGAUCGAGGCAGACAUCGGGAGUCUGUCACUGUCUAUCAAAUGCAAAUAUGUCUGGGUCUGGAAGAAUACAACUUGUCAUGCUACUUCUGGAAUCUACAUAAAAUCUGUAUUGCAUGAACAGCAAAAGAGGUCUAAUUUGUGCUACGCGGAGAGGGCAUUUCUCAUGCGGUAUGAGCAUCAGAAAACCCUCGCAAAAUCUCUGACGCUGUGGCAUGCAUCACAGACCUCAUGGGCCAUGCAAAUCUGCAUGACAAACUGCUGCAUUUUUCCAGACCCAGACAUUUUUGCAAUCCAUACUGUCGCCUGGCUCGCAACCGCGCCCGAAGCGGCAGAAAACUUUUCUAGAAGCGUUGAUGUCCAAGGGCGCCUUGUCCAAGGGCGCGUUCGACGCCGCGCAGACAGGAGGGUUUGUACCGUGGGGUGCUGGCAGCACCAGCACGAGUGCUAGCGGGACAAAAGGUCCGCCCGGCGCCGCAGCAAACAACCGGAAACCGGGCGUGCCCUCAGCGAAUUCUUUGACCCUGCAUCCGAUGCCUCCGCCGCGGUCCGGCAACAACAUUGGGAACAAUCCUUCGUUGCCACGAACCACAGCAGGCGCAGUGGAGCCUGCAUGCGCAGCGUCUGUCCAGCAGCGGGCGCCAGCAACAAAAAUGGGGACCGCGUCCGCGCCGAGGCCGAUGUGCUCUACUUCUAGUUGCGACCAUUCUAGCGGCGGUAAUACCGGCGCGCAUCCUCAUCCUCAACCUCCACGCCGACCACAGGACAAUUGGGAGUCCCUGUGGAAGGUGCCGGGUUUUCAGAACCUCACUCCGGCUGAGCGCGAGGCUUUCCACAAAGUGUACAUCGACCGCAUGCCCGAGGAGAUGGGACCCUGCGAAGGACCAGCGGGACCCGCGCCCGACACCUACGAAAGCGCGCCUCUACGUGACGAGGGAUGUUGUCUACAGUUCGGCACCUGCUCUGGCACAGGGUCUUCUUCGGGAAGUUGGGAGAUUCAGCUCACGGGCAUGGAUGGGGACAACUCGUCUUCGAGCGCCGCACUUGGGUUAGGAACGCCGCCACGAAUCAAGCGCGGGCGGGGUGCCUCAUCCGAAAGCGAGUCGCUGAGCCGAGCCACGCCGUCACCUCAUAACCAGGAUAUUAUCAGCCACCGCUCAGGCAGCCAAAGCGUCGCCGAUACCCCGAGCACCACUGCAGCCUCGCAGUCGACGCCAUCGCUGCAAACACCCCAUCUCGUCGGUCCUCAUUGCAGGGGCUCAAGGUCAUCGUACGGGUUGCCGACCCCGAGCCCUCGAGACCAGUUGGAGAGAACCUAUGCCGCCCGGCAUUUUGGCCCGCACGGUUUGGGACUUGCCGGCAUUCCUUUUCCCAAGAGCGAGUCGUGUGUGUGUUAUGAACGGGAAAUCUAGAGGUGACUUUCAUUUUCCACAGCAAGCUGAGCCCCGAAAAAGUAAACGCAUGGCAGCCCAUACAUAGGAGCCUUGGUUCUUCUUGUUUGCAUCACUCUGUCUGAUGUUGCAUCAGAGUUCAUAGAGUUCUUUCCUCUCUGUGCGGCGAGGCGACAACUACGUACAAGAAUGAAACGCGCAGAUUCACUUUAAACAUAUCAAGGAAGUAGAUCAGGAUACGGAAUUCAUGGCAACUUCGAUUAUAUUUUUCGGGGCUAGUAAUUCCUGUAGUGUCACUUAAGCUCACUGACUUUCCCUCUAUUCUUUUCCGCCGUCUUUGUCCGGGGCAUCGACCCAAGCUUCCAGUCCUUGCCUGGUAUUGAUUGAAGCUUUUUUACUUGUUUUACUUAUUUGCGUUUGGAUUUGUUUAGUAUUAGUUCGAGUCGACUUGCGACUUGAACACAACUGCGAGAUGAAGCGACGAUCGAUGUUAUGAAUUGACAGACGGACGAGCAGCAAGGUUGGUUGAAGCCGGACAGCAGACUGUACGCGCUGCAAAGAUGUCAAGACCAUGGACCUCUAGAUACCGAGCCCUGGUCUUAUAGAUUUUGGUGAUUACUGCAUGUCAUGCGAAAGGAACACAGCUUCGUUUAAGCUUCUGUGUAGGGCAAUACGCCUUGGAAGUGCACUACUUUCGCUAGGCAAGUGCCCUGGUAAGUUCUAUGGCCAUGACAUAUUUGCAAUCCAUAGGCGGACGCUAAACACGUUCCGCGUCUUUAUAGACGAGGGCAGGAAACGAUUUGCAAGCGUAAGCAGAGUCAAACAUUGCCCACCCAGGAGAGCAUAUAGUACUUAGAUCUAUUUGCUUGGCCAGCAUCAAUUGUAGACUAAGCAUCGCAGGAAAAGGAUAAACGAAACAAAGCGCACGUACGGCGAGCUAUUUUCUUGUAAGCAAGUAGAGCAAGAACUUUGCAUUGUGUAUGACUCACCUUUGAUGGGGAAUGUUUUCAUUUUGAGUCCCGAGCGCAAGGACCGACUCCGACGAAGUUUCAGUGAAGUACAUGCGCGACGACUUAAAUUCCAGGCAGCACACAUUUUGGUAUAUAAGUACUCAGUUUUUGAUUCACUAUUAAAAUGCAACUUCAGCACAUCGUACGGGGAAGACAUGAAAACGAAAACCAGGAUGCGCAUACGUGGCCCCACCUGGAUCCUCGUACCUCUAGCAUUUCACAUUUGAUGUCCUAUUCUAUAGAUUGUAUGCUUUUCCGCUUCUUCAUCGACAGGCGCGAACCGAAGCUCGAUUUCGAUUAUCGCUGGCAAGUGUGUUGUGGUCGCCUAGACAAUGAAGAAGGUGAUAUGCAUUCAUAAUAAAUAGGUCGAGCUGCUUUUACAAAUGGAAAAUGUAUCCUCUGUCCUUCCCAAAUAUUGUCUUGCCACCUCGGGGUCUAGUAGAGUAUUUUUAGCAAAUGCGCUGCGACUUCAUUAUAGCACCCAAAAUCAAAAUGAAAAUCGUGUACUGACACUGGGAUACUCCGACGAGAGCGACUUAUAAAUAUAUCAAAGUUCUUAGAAAUUUAAUUAAGGACAACGAGGCUGGAAGAUGUGUGUGUGGGAGCUACUUGUCGCCAUGUAGUUCUUUUGUCUUGAUAUGGCCAUGACACAUUUGCAGUGAAUAGGGUUCUGGUGAAGAUGGUCCGGCGCAUGGUUGUCUUGAUAAACGUUCGCCUCAGUCUUCCCAUAUGGCAGAGUGUCCGCAAUACCGUCCAGCUGAUGAAAGAAUUCCGAAUGCACGCAAGCGAGCAUGUUUCUGGUAUAAUACAGCUUUAGUGUCUUGCAAAAUCUUUCCUCACCCGAUGAAAAACUUUUCUAUGAUACUUUUGUUUUUUGUUAAUUUGCCCCCGCAACAAAUAGAAAUGGAUUUGUAAUUGUAUCUGAAUGAGAUGAUUUUGAUUUCAUUUGAGUGGCCACGACCGAUGGCUCCGUCUUUUGCUACUGAUUUUUCCGCUCGAAAGCUUUGCUUGGCGGUCUUUACCUCAGCUAGAGGAAGAAAGCCGCUGUGCUAGUCCUUGCACGGGCGGGCAAGCGAUGCUGCUGCCUUGCACCACACAAACGAAAACUGUCAUCAUUCUUCACAGCCGUCUUAGCCCUUGGGUCGUGGUACUUUGUGAAGCUGCAGGAAAAUAUCAUACAGAAAAGCGCUUGCAUAGUCACGGCUUUUCUCUCCGCCUAGCCCAAGUUGUAUAAAAUCGCGAACACUUACUUGGCGAAGUGUCCCAUGCAAGUGUACAAGACAGAGUUGUCAGACUCAGAGCAGGCACGUCAAUAUUAUUGUAUAAGUUCAAGUAUCUGACCAGAGAAGCUACGAAGGAAUGCGAGCGCGCUAUUCAAAGUACCUAUAUGUGUGUCCUUUUGGAUACUUGUAUCUACUCAAUCUCAAUGUGAUGAGUACCACAGGGUACAAUACUACGGGUAAACGCUGAGACAAAAAGAUAAAGUUUAUUGUACUAGUAGCUCUGCUUUUCUGUAGGAUAGACGAAGCGCCUAAGGACACACCCACGCCACCACAUACUAUCGACCCAGAAGAGAAAAUUCCGGUUGAUGAGGAGCUCUGGGUGAUGGACCAGCGAGCAGCCAUUUACGGAUGGGAGGAUGAAUAUAGGCGGUACGACCAAGAUCACAACCCGACGGGGUCCAAGCCGCCACUCAAUCGCAAGAAGAACGCAAGUAUCGCACGAAAAAAGUGUUUCACUGUAAGGAUUUUGCAAGUUUUGCAUCACAAGUUUGUUCUACAUCAUAGAGAAAAUUUGCCAUGCGAGAUUCCUAAGAGAAAACACAGCUAAAAAUCCAUUGUCUUGCAUGUGUAGCAAGACAAAUACUUCUCAGAUACAUUUUCUGCAUUACAAGUUUACAGAGAAACAGUUUUUUGUUGCGAUAGCAAGCGGCCAGCCCGUAAUGCCGAGGCCUGCCUCGUACAACAACUACGACGCUUGGAUGCGAGAGAAUAAGGGCAAAUUUGCAGCGGAUGAUGCGGAAAUCUAUCUUGUGCAAAAAGGUCUCCUUCAACUACUCACCAAAGCAAGCCUCCUGUCCUCGAUGAUUAAGUAAUCAGUAUCUGGUAGCAAUUUUUAAGUCACUGCGUGUAGUUUCACGGAAGUAGCAGACAUGAGGGCUGUCUUUAGGGGUAGCAGUGUGGUGGGGGCAAUUUUGAACGUGAUACAAACGGAAAGAUCUUCACGAUCUUGCUUCGCAUAGCCACGCUUGUCAUCUUCGACGAGCCGGGUCAUUUCAAGUGGUGGUUCGACUACGUCUUCCGUAUAGUUUUUCCCUUUUGUCUUUUUAUUUGUCGUCCCUUUGUUUUCUCAAUACCUAUACCACUAAAUUCUUGAUUUGAGAUGCGCUGGCCUGCUGCUUGGAGGACUGCUUCGAUGUCGGCCUGGCCAAAAUUAUAAAGAAAAACAAAAACGACUUGCAGGGUGGAUUCCGUCCCAGUACAAGGAAAAGAAGGACAUGUACCCCGUGUACCCUAAGAAGCAUCUGAUGGAGGUGCAACGGUGGGCGCUGAAGACGCUUGAUUAUCGGUUGCUCAAUCACGAGCAGUUCUUAUCAUACGAAAAAGCGUGCCCCUUCCCGCCCCUACAAAGCACUUCCCAGGGCCUUGCGGUUUUCCUCAACGGAAGCAUUUCCUUUUUCCUUCUUGCAUGUAUGACACUUGAAGAUGUUUCGAAUGUGUUCUUACAAAUAGAUAUGGUAGACGAGAUGUGGUUUGCAGUAUUGGUUCCGCCUUGCGGGCCGACGUUCUGCAGCAAAACACGUCGCAUUCUGUCAAUGCAACGCAAAACCCUUGUUAUGGGUUGCCUUUAGGGUUGCAAUCCGUUUACCAAGGCACGGAGGCUUCAGUUUCACAUGAGAACUGUAUGAUCGUUGCAAGUCGUCGCAUGCGGCAUGCCUUGCUAUAAGUAUCGUGAUCUUGUUCGUGCCGGCCCCUGCUAUUCGAACAAAAUGCGCGACGGCAUUGCGACGAUCUCCGGAAAUAAAUUCAGUACGUGAUGAUCAGCGCGCACUGGGAGCUUUGCUGCAAUGGAAAGAACAUUCAUGAUAGUGCAUUGCGUAUGUUGAGGCCGGGGUACGCUUUAUCUGCAUAGGUUUGGAUGAGGUACUUGCUCCUUAGCGGUAAAGAUCCUGCUCAGACCGAGCGAGGGCCGCUGAGUCCCUCAGGCUACGACUGCGCUAGGAAGAUAGUAGAACAACAGCAAGCGGGUGCCGUGGGUACUCGGGCUCCGUCGAGUCGGGGGACGACUUUGAGGAAUAGCCACCCCGGGUCCUCUACUGCUCGGCAGCACUCGCCUGCCAACAGCACAGCAAACAUUACGACCUCGGCGUCUGGCGACGAGGGGCUUCCCGAGGGCCUGCCGUUACAAGAGGAUCCUUCUACGAAUCAGACGAUGCACCGGACCGACGACCGCCGUCACAAGGAGAUCGCUGCCGCUCUCAGGAGCACCCUCCCCCUCGCGGCGAACGGGAGCGCCCUCCCCCUCGCUGCGAACCAGAGUAGUCCAGAGAUGUCCAUAUCCUGAACAAACGACGUGCACGCUCGCCCGUCUUUCCAGCUCUUGUAACCAGCGCCGCGGAAAAAUAGUCUCACUUUGUAAUAAUACUAUAAUCAGUGCGGGUGGUGUCGGUGUGGGAUAAAGAAGUAGAAGUCCAGUAAUAUGUUGCGCUGCAUCUGUGGCACAGCGAGUCUGCUACUGGCCGCGUCCACUUUCUCUGGCAAGCCUUCUACUUUUGCCUUUGUCGGGAGUGUCUUUCAUCUGUUCUGAUGACAAGACUACUAAUUGAGUUGAAUCAGUAGGCUCGUCGAAAGGCUCGACGUUGGGCAUCGCCAGGACUAGUCUUGAAGCGUCAUGCUGCAGGAGCACCACUUGCGUUUGAUAUUGUGCACAACAGUAUAAUGCGGGGGCCUGAGCACCACUACUGACACUGAGAGACUCCGCGUAGAGAUUCGUUCUUGUUGGAUCAAAGUGCCACGCACUCUCUCAAUGUGCAGGCUACGAGACGGGGCGUCUUUUCCAGCAUCAUGCAGCAUCAUGGAUUGUGAAGACCAGCACGAGCAGGAUCCGCCACUUCCCAACCGAAUGCACCAAUGACAUCGAGAAUAUAGAUACAGAUUCUAAACUACAAGCUUGAGCAAGAUUUGUUGAAUAUUGUUGAAACGACUUUUGUUUAUUGUAUAUUUUUACUUACUUUACUUCUCUUUGAUAUUUUUACAUAAAGCACAUGGCUUCACCUUCUAGAAGUGAAGCACAUGAAUGGAUAUAAAGCGAACAAGCGCGAGACUUUCCUUGCAUGCGCACACAUGCGAUGGACUUUCCUGUGGUUGAAAGCCAGCAGACACACUGAUAACUUUUUUAGAUAUUUACUCCUCCCAAAAAAUCCAAAAUAAGCAACUGUAAUUGUUGGGAAAUAACUGCAACCCCGCAGUGACGAGCAAAGAAUCCACCACAGCGUCAGCUCUUGUGCGGAUUCUUUCGUUCGGUCCGUAAAGCAUUUUUUUGCCGUAGUACUUGCUAUAUCUUCUUCACUACCAUGUUAUAUUCACCGAGAUGGAGACGGUCUGAGCGAGAAGGAAAGUUCCGUAGGGCAACGCGGCCUGACUUGCAUUAGUGUUAGAAGAUAAUCGGCCAAAUAAAACCCAAUGAAAUACUAUCGGUCUUCUGGUAGGCGUUGCGUUAGAUUCUACUUUCACUUUGUGGAUUCAUCGCGUAGUUGGCGGGGCCGUGGCUGGUAUUUCUACGCUUGUUUUCCUUUUCCUGAUCCUGUCUUUCGAUUUUUGCAUUAAAAAGAACGGAAGAGCGCGCUAUGCAAUUCUCGUCAAGAUGAAGAUACGCACGACUUGCAGUCGCCGCUUCCUAGAUACUUCGCGAUCGGUUAGAAGUGCUGGUCUGAGCCUUCGUGUGCUGCUGCUGCGUGCAUUCAUUUUCUUUCCGUCUGUUGUUGUCAGACGACAGCACCUGGAAAGGCGCGGUCCGUUAGUACCACUUCUGCACGAGCAAGAACCAGCGAGCUCGUUCCAUAGUACUUGUAGACAACAAAUUCAGAUGAUUUUUGACCUCAUGAUGAAUCUGUACGAGGGCUUUUGACCUCACCUCUGAGCUAUCACCAUCACGAGCUACCUCCGCAUCAGACUCGCGCGAUAUGUUUUCUGCUUCGUCGUUUGAAGUGUCUGUCACUUUCAAAAGUUAUGACCGAUAAACAUAAAU